UCCAAUCAAGAUCUUUAAUCAUCAUUUUUCUUUUGUGAUGUUUUCUUGUAUACACAAUUCUUUUUAUAAUUAAACAAUCAAAAAAAUGUCGAUUUAGAAAACUAGUUAAAACGAAUGUUUUUUAGUGUUAUUUAUAGAAUUUUAUCAGCAUGUGGAAGUGCCACAAAUGUGGAAAACCCGUUUACUUUGCUGAACGCAAACAAUCAUUGGGUUAUGAUUGGCAUCCGGAGUGUUUACGAUGUGAGGAAUGUGGUAAGCGAUUAAAUCCCGGACAGCAUGCUGAGCACAAAGGUGUUCCGUACUGCCAUGUUCCUUGUUAUGGAGCACUUUUUGGACCACAAUUAUUUGGUCAUGGUACAAGAGUUGAAUCUCAUACUAGUUUCGGAAAAAAAGAACUUCGCUCAACGUUGCCGAGGUCACAUUUGGAGUCGAAACUAAAAGUUUUCAAUCAAUAUUACGAGGGGAAAAGUGGAGGAAUUCGAAGUCGAGAGGUGAAUGGACGAUUAAUUUUGGAAGGCGCAUUGAGAAUUUAUUGGGGCGUUCGCGGUGUAAUUCACUUAAAGGAAGAUGAUGAUCAACGAACGGUUGUUACUGCCAGACAUAGAAAUUCUUGCAGACGAAGUGUUACUGACGAGGUCGAUAAAGGUGAAAUAAUCGACACAACAAAGAAUUCGCCAACAGUUGAAAAUCACAUAGAAAGUGAAACCGAAUCAGUUCCCCCGUCUCCCGAUCAUUUAAAAAGUUUAACUCUACCAAUGAAAUUGGAAGUUAAAACUUCAAAUUGGGACGAGCUCGACGAACUUCUCCAGGUUGAACGCAAAGUCGAGGAGGGAAAUAAACUUUAUCAAACAAUGCCAGAAAGUUUACCGUCAAUAAGUUCACAUUCCAGUAAUGAAUUAACACCGCCGCAAUCGUUGAAAAAUGGUUCGAUAACGAAUAGUCCAAAUAAUAAUAAAAUUGGAAAGGGAAGUGAGAGUAGUGUGAGUAGUACACCAACGCACAGUGUCGACAGUUCUUCCAGUAAUGAUACUCCAAUUUAUCAUGGAACACCAAAUAAAAAUGGCACACUACGACGAGUCGAGUACUUUGAUAGUUUAGAGAAAAGUAUAGCGAGUAAUCGAUCGAUUGAGAGUGAUGAAAGUUGGAUUGAGAAGGGAUUAAAUCGAUCGAUGUCUGGACCCGAUUGUUUACAAAGGCAUCGCAAUGACAGUGAUAAUGAUUCAGUGAAUUCAUUGCAGUUUCGUGACGAUGAUAAUAUGACAAUGUCCACUGACAGUGGAUUAGAGUUGGACGGAGUUGUUCUGCGUCGGAAACAAGGAUCAACGGCAAUAAGACGUCGACCUGGUGGAAGACGUCAAUCGCGUAAUCGAUUGCGACGACGUUGCUCGAUUAAUGGACAUUUUUAUAAUCGUGAAACGAGCUUCUUCACUCCGCCACAUGGAUCACAAAUGUCCGUUUGGGUCACUAGUCUCGUAAGCACUCAGGAAGUUAUCAAUUUAAUGCUUGACAAAUAUAAAGUCGAUGCGAAACCUGAUAAUUUUGCUCUCUUUGUUAUUCGUGAUAAUGGAGAACAACGAAGACUGCGAGAAGAUGAAUAUCCAUUGGAAGUAAGAGUCGUUUUGGGACCUCAUGAAAAUAUUGCUCGUCUAUUUCUUGUCGAUAAACUCUCGACACCUGAAAUAAGUUCAGAUGUCGCACAAUUUUUGAAUCUCUCUCUCGCCGAAUGUCAAGGAAUAUUAAAACGUUAUCAUCAUGAGGAGGAAAGACAUAUAUUGCUCCUUAAAGAAAAAUACAAGGAGAUGCGUCGAAGAAUAAAACAAAGAAUGGAAGAUCUGAAGGUUCGUUUAUAAGAAAAAAAUUUCGAUUGUCGUUGAACGAUACACGGUAUGAAAUAUUUGAAUUUUUUUUUUAAUAUUUAGUUUAAAUAAUUCAGACUCGAAAAUAAUUAUUUAAUUAUAAUAUUAUUGAAUAAUUAUUUAAUAAUCAACUUCUAAAUAAUGAAUUAUCAAA